CAUGAAGAUCUCGGAGCUCUCUCCCGAUCUCCGCGCGAGUCCCCAUGUCGACUCCGAAGCCCUAAACCCUCUCCCCCUCCUCCUCGAGGAGCUCGAAACCCUAGUCGCCGAUGCCGAAUCCCUUUCCUCCUCAGAUCCCUCCUCGGCGGAGGCCCUCGCCGCCGCCCUCCGCCGCUCCCUCGCCCGCCUCUCCUCCUCCUCCUCCUCCUCCUCCUCCUCCGCCGCGCCACUCCCGGAGCAUGCCAAGCUCCAGAUAUGGAAGCUCAGCUUCCGCCUCUGGAACGCCUGCGUCGACCUCUCCAACUCCUCCGCCGUGCGCCGCCCCGGCGGCGUCAGCGGCGGCGAGGAUCGCCGGAGCCGGACCGAUCAGGCGCAGGUACGACAAGCAGCGGCGGAGCUCCUCCUGCUCGCCGGGUGCCCCUCCGGGGUCCCCUCCGCCGCCGCAAAGGCGGCGUCGUUCUUCCACCGGACCGGCCUGAUCUGGCACGAGCUCGGCCGCCUCGACCUCGCCGCCGCGUGCUUCGAGCGCGCCACCGACCUCGUCUCCGGCGGCGGAGGGGGCGGCGCGGCCGCCGGCGAGGAGGAGAGGGGGCUUGUCCUCGAGAUCAACCUCGCGAGGGCGCGAACGGCGUGGGAAGCCUCGGAUCGGGGCCUCGCCGUGGCGCUCCUCAACCGGUCGAAGAGCCUCAUCCACGGAUCGUCGCCGACGUGGUUCAAAACCCUAGCGGAGGAGUACCUCCGCUUCGGCAGGCACGAGCUCUCGAAGAAACCGUCGGGCGGGGCCCCAGACGCCUCCGAUCUCUUCUCAGAGGCCCUGGAUCUGUGCGAGAAGGGGAUCGCCGCCGCCCCCUCGGAAACCCUAGAUCUGGAAGGGCUGAAGGAGAGGUGCCUCCGCUUCAUGGCGGCGGAGCGGCUACAGGCGGAGGACUACGAGGGUGUUCUGAGGUGCGUUAGGGUUUUACGCGCCGCAGCGGGGAAGGGGAAGGGGAAAGGGAAGGGGAAGGGGGAGCACCCGAGCGUGGGUUACGUGGCGAUGAGGGCUUGGUUGGGAGCGGGGAGGGUGGGGGAGGCGGAGAGGGAGCUCAAGGGCUUGGUGGCGAACGAGGAGGCGCCCGAGGGGGUCUGCGUCUCCGCGGCGGAGGCGUACCUCGCCACCGCCGGGCCCGAGGCCGCGCUGGGCGUGCUCGUGGCGCUCGCCGGGAGGUGCAGCGCCGGCGCCGGCGCCGCGCUCCGCAUCGUGAAGCGCGUGGCCGAGGGCGGCGGAGGGCUGGGUAGGGCGCGCGUGGUGGCGGAUCUCUCCUCCGAUGAGAGGGUGGUGGCGCUCUUCGACUCCGCCGCCGCCACCUCCAAGGAGCGUGGCGCCAUGCACGCUCUCCUCUGGAACUGCGGGGCGGAGCAUUUCCGGUCCAAGGACUACGAGAUGAGCGCCGAGCUCUUCGAAAGCUCGAUGCUUUACGUACCCCGCGACGAGGAGAACCGAUCCCGGCGAUCCAACUGCUUCAGAGUCCUCUGCCUCUGCCACCUUGCCCUCUCCCACCUCGAUCGGGCUCGCGAGUUCAUCGACGAAGCCAACAAGCUUGAGCCUAACAUCAAGUGCGCCUUUCUUAAGUUUAAGAUCCACCUGCAGAGAAAGGAAGAGAAGGAAGCAAUCAACCAGAUGCAAUCCAUGGUGAGCUGUGUCGACUUCAACCCAGAGUUUCUAACUCUUUCGGCUCACGAAGCCAUUGCCUCCCACUGUAUUCCGGUUGCCGUCGCUUCUUUAUCUGUCCUCCUCAACCUCUACUCCCCGGGAAAACCCAUGCCAAUGCCGGAGGUUGCAGUUCUCCGCAAUCUCAUCACACUCCUCCAACGUAACCCAGAAACCGAACUCGAGGUCCUGAAGUACAGUCGCCGUGCCAGCGCCCGAAUGGCCGAGCUUGGACCCGAGAGUUUCUUUGGUAAAGGGGCUGUUGGGAACCGCGAGUUGAGCUGGUUCGCGGGGAAUUCAUGGAACAUGGGAUUGAGGACCGGAAAGGAGAAGAAGCUCGAGUGCUGCUCUGAGUUCUUGGAGCUGGCGGCCGAGUUCUAUAACACAACAACUGAUGACAACGGAAACCAAUCGAUGGUUUGCAAGUCUUUGAUUUUGAGUGUAGGUGCAACGCUCAAUGUUGAGGAGCAAAAGAAUGCACCUUUGCUGGAGCAAGACGUCAAAAAGGCCAUUGACAUGCUGACUAGAGCUGGCAAGCUGCUUCCCUCUCUUUCAUCCUCAUCCUCACACAUUGGCGAUCAAUCAGCGGAAAACUCUGCUUUCUCCUUCCUCCACACCUACUAUUCCUACCAACUCUGUAGUCGGAUCGACCACGUUGAUUCACAUACGCAGCAGCUUCAACUGAUUAAAACCUUUGCAGCUACCAAGCCAUGCUUGCCCCGCCACCUCCUCCAUCUAGGACUAGCUGCUUCUCAAGGCGCACGACCUAACCCUGAGGCAGCUGAAUUCUCCCUAAACGCCGCCCUCUCUGCUUUCCUUGCCUCCCCUUCACCAGAGUACCAGUCGAUCGGCAUUGCCCUUCGUAAACUAGCUUGCCUUGCUGGGUAUAGUGAUGGGAAUGAUAGGGCGUAUGAUGUGUAUCGGCAAGCAUACCAGAUCAUCGUGGGGUUGAAGGACGGGGAGUAUCCUAUUGAAGAGGGUAAAUGGCUUGCAAUGACUGCAUGGAACAAGGCGGGAUUCGCUGUUCGGCUUAGGCAGGUGAAUGUCGCAAGGAAAUGGAUGAAGAUGGGAUUAGAUCUUGCUCGGCACUUGAAGGGUAUGGAGCAAUAUAUAGCGGGUAUGGAGGAGUGUUUUGCAAGCUUUGAGAAGCAGUGUGGUAACGAAGAUGGUAAGGUAGAGGGGACAGAGAUUGGUAGUAAGUCUCAGCCAGUGUUAGUAUAGAAGUAUUGUUGGGAAAAAAUAUUGAAAAAUACAGAGAAAAUGUACAGAAUCAUCAUCACAAACUUCGUAUGUAACUAAGAGAAAAACAAAAAUUGAUUUGUGUGUUUGCAUUUAUUAGAUAUUGGAGGAA